CCGGCCGGGCUUCGCCUCACUCUCCCGGGAGCCAGCCGUGGUAGGGCAGGCGUGGCCGCGCGGCAGGAUGAGCGCCCGUUCGGACCCUGUGGUUAUCGUCUCGGCGGCGCGGACCGUCAUCGGCUCCUUUAACGGCUCCUUGUCCACCGUUCCUGCCCACGACCUGGGCUCCGCCGUCAUCAGAGAGGUCCUGAAGCGGGCGGCCGUGGCUCCCGAGGAGGUGUCGGAGGUCAUCCUGGGGCACGUCUUGGCAGCAGGUUGUGGGCAGAACCCUGCUCGCCAGGCCAGUAUGGGUGCAGGAAUCCCUUACUCUGUUCCAGCAUGGAGCUGCCAAAUGGUCUGUGGGUCAGGCCUGAAAGCCGUGUGCCUGGCAGCACAGUCUAUAGGGAUGGGCGACUCGAGCAUCGUGGUGGCCGGCGGCAUGGAAAGCAUGAGCAAGGCGCCUCACUUGGCCCACCUGAGAGCCGGAGUCAGGAUGGGGGAAACGCCACUGAGCGACAGUAUCCUCCGGGACGGCCUGACGGAUGCUUUUCACGGCUACCACAUGGGCAUCACAGCUGAAAAUGUAGCCAAAAAGUGGCAAGUGAGCAGAGAAGAUCAGGACCAGCUUGCGGUUCUGUCCCAGAACAGGACAGAGAGUGCACAGAAAGCAGGCCAUUUUGACAAAGAGAUUGUGCCAGUCCUCGUAUCUUCUAGAAAAGGUCCUAUUGAAGUUAAAACAGAUGAGUUUCCUCGACAUGGGAGCACCCUAGAGGCCAUGUGUAAGCUCAAACCUUAUUUCCUUACGGAUGGAACCGGCACAGUGACCCCCGCCAAUGCUUCAGGAAUAAAUGAUGGUGCUGCAGCUGUGGUUCUAAUGAAGAAGUCAGCAGCUGUCAGUCGUGGGCUUACGCCUCUGGCACAGAUAGUUUCCUGGUCACAAGUAGGCGUGGAGCCUUCCAUCAUGGGCACAGGACCAAUCCCAGCAAUAAAGCAAGCUGUUGCGAAAGCAGGUUGGUCACUGGAGGAAAUUGAUGUGUUUGAGAUCAAUGAAGCCUUCGCAGCCCUCUCUGUGGCAAUAGCUAAAGAGCUUGGAUUAAACCCAGAAAAGGUCAACGUGCAAGGAGGGGCAAUCGCCUUGGGCCAUCCUCUCGGGGCAUCUGGCUGUCGGAUUCUCGUCACCUUGCUGCACACCAUGGAGCGAAUGGGUGGACAUCGCGGUGUGGCUGCCCUAUGCAUUGGGGGUGGCAUGGGGAUAGCCAUGUGUGUGCAGAGAGGAUGAGACUGUGUAACAAUGAGCUAAACUUGGGAUGCGGGGAAAGCAAAAAACCUGAACUAAACUUUAACCUCAUUUCCUUUUCUACCAGUUAGGCACUAAGCUGUACUAUGUGAAAUCAGAGGACCAAAGUGAGGCAGGGAGCCAUCAGGAACCAAGGUGUGCCAGGUGGUGUACUUUAAUUGGUAACACUCAAGGGCAAGACAACUGCCUCUAACAUUGUUAUAAAUAAAGAGAAAUCAGAUCAGUCAUCAAGGGCUCCCGAGUGAACAGCGUCUUCGUAACCUCCAUGCUUGUCGUCUUUGCUUUCUGGGUGUAAUUUAAUGAGAUCAUCAAUUCGAAGAAUGGUAAUUGCAGCUUCUGUUGCGAAUUUCAAGCUCUUAACUUUAACUACUGUUGGUUCAAACACCCCAGCUUGCUUGUUAUCCCGAGGUUUACCAUUGAUCAAAUCAAGACCAAUCCUGCAAUUCAGGAAAAACAACCAAGUGUUAAGUGAUCCUGCCACCAAAGCAUACCCAGCCCCUGCCCCUUUAUGCUACUGAUUUGUGUCAACUGGAUACAAAUAAAAUCAAUGAAAAGUUGUGAAAAGGCAUAGGUAAAAUAGGGACAUCUUGAUUUCUAAAAUAACCAAUUCUGAGCGUCAUUCAAUAUUUUUUAAAUGGACGCAGAGCAUCCCAAGAUAUCCCCCUUAUGUCUCUGCAAGGCCUCUCUGAUGACCCAGAGAACCAACAAGAUGCCAGGAAUCAGUUGUUAACUAGGACACACCAGUGCUAACAAUCACUAGCCAUCAUCCUUCAUGAAUUUAAAGGCCAAAUUACCACAUGCAACUACACAGAUGACAUCGAAAAGAGGUGGGUAAACUAUGCUCACCAUUUUAAAUUUUUACGUUCUGGGUUAACUUGAGCUUCAUUAUGGAAAGCUCUCAACUUUGCAACCAGAUCAGUGGAGUCUUGAGCAGCAUUAACUGCCAGUGUGUUAGGAAUAACAAGAAGAGAUCUUGCAAAUUCUGCAAUAGCAAGCUGUUCCCGAGACCCCUAAAAAAAAAAAAAAAACACACAAUCCAGGUAUUUUCACGAAGAUAUUAAAACACAGACACGCAGUUGCAAGAAAGAAUCAUUCACACCCUUCUGGAGAAGAACCCGCUUUCUGUGCUUACCAUGCUGGUGGCGUAGUUCUCGAGGUAGAUGGACAGGGCUGCCUCUACGGCGCCGCCACCUGGAACCACAGACUUUGACUCCAACACUCUCUUCACCACACAGAGCGCAUCAUGUAAGGAGCGCUCCAUCUCAUCACACAUGAAAUCAUUUGCCCCACGCAAGAUAACUGAUGCAGAUGUGCGAGCCUUGGUGCUAUUAAGAACAUAAACGUCAGUACUUUGUCAUAUUUUAAGGACACAACUUCAGUCCUGCUCCCACGAGACAUUUACACCUGCGGUACUAAAAAGCACUGUCUAGACCAUGCAGGCGAGAUGAAAUGGCAACUUCAUCUCAAUUUACAGUGGUCCAGCGUUCCUUUAUCCCACGCGUAUAACUGCUCGUAUCACUGAAAGACUACAGCAGCAAAUAAAUGGGAAGGGGGUGUAUUUUCACGCCAAUAAAAUGUGCAAGUUUUGUAACUUAAGCAGCUUACUUUUUGAUCAGGAUCAGCUCAUCAUCACAAAUCCUCUCUUGCACCACUUCUUCUGCUUGUCCCAACAUUGAAGCUUCAAAAGUUUCUUCACCUUCUAAAUUGGCCAGGGUUGACAGGAUAUUUGCUAUUAAGAUGAACACAAAGAUCUGAUUACAUUCUCCCACAUUUUCAUAUCCUGUCUUGGAAAUAUUUACGAUGAAAGUGAUAUGUAAAUACAAGUUUAAGUUUAUGGUUAGGUGGCAUCAGAUAAACCUUUCAUUCUAAAAUGGAAACCACCAUGUCAUUCUGAGGCAAAGGGUUUAAGAACUUCUGCAAUUCUAUGAAAAACGGCUCCACAAAUCUAUUUCUUCCAGAAAGCAUUAUGGGAAUAAACCCCACUGUAUCCAAAUCUAGUGUUGCCACUCACUAUGUAAGAGAUAGGGUCACAUGUAUGAACACGGGGAACCAGAAGACAUACCUCCAGAAGCUUUAGCAAUGCGCUUAAGGUCCCUUUUCAAAACUCUUCUGACGGCCAUAGCACCAGCCUCCACAAAGUACUUGAGACACAUAUCAUCAAUCCCACCGGUGGUCAGAAUAACAUUGGCACCAGUUGCCAGGAUCUUCUGAAUUCGCUCUUUGGUGAUAUCUGAUUCUCUAGAGAGAGAAAGCCUCUGAGUAGCAACCCAAAGUUGUUACCUUCUGUGAUCAAGAACCUUAUAGG